AUGUGUCCAAUUGCAAUGGCGCCAGCUGUAGCACCACGUAUGCCAAUGUAUCCACCUGGUGGGCCAGGUUUAGGUCAACAUAUAUUCUAUGGUCAAGCUCAGCCUACAUUCAUUCCUCCACAGCAACUCGUGCCAGGUAUGCGUCCAGGUGGCGCCCGAAUGCCAAACUUCUUCAUGCCAAUGGUGCAGCAAGGUCAACAAGUUCAACACCCAGGUGGCAGGCGUGCUACUGGUCCAGACACUGGAAUCACACAACCCAUUCCGAUUGGUGCGUUGGCUUCUGCACUUGCUAAUGCUUCCCCCACAAAACAGAGAACGGUAUAUGCUGCAGUUGUGAAACACUUGGAAACUGUCGCAGGGACUGAAGUAACUUCCAUUAAGGAAGAAGCAGUGAGCAUGAUUCUUCAUCCAAGGGAUGCUGCAAUUGCUUAUGGUCUGGAUAAUAAGACUGGCAUUAAUGGCAAGAUCAAUGUGCUCAUCUUUGAUCUGGGUGGUGGCACUUUUGAUGUAUCUAUUUUGACCAUUGCUGAAGGGGGUACGAUUGAGGUGAAAGCUGUUGCAGGUGACACUCAUUUAGGAGGUGAGGAUUUUGAUAACUGCAUAUGGUGGAUCAUUGUGGUCAGGAAUUCAGGAGGAGAUGGAAUAAAGACUUGA